UUAAGCCAUUGGCCCACACGGCUCGGAGAUUACACGACCCAGACCAGUCUCUGAGGGAGCCACUGGACAAUAAUACCGACACACAAUGACCACUAAGACUACUCAGACCAGUCUCUCAACGAUAUCGAUACAUAGCAGAUCAAUCCACUCGCGGCAUCUCGCAUUAACGUCAGCCACGGGAAAUCUACUGCUGGAUGAUGGGCCUCUCCUAAGGUGUCGCCCGCGACCCUGCCACGUAACAACCCCAUCACAGGCGGCGAUUAACGGCACCGUAACUUUACACAAACACUAAAAUCAACAAGCAGUCACAUGCUCGGAAGUGUUAAAUCAACGCGCAGUCAAACAUCAACGAGUGGUCUAUCAAGCUAAGUGUUCACACACACACACGGAAGCUUGUGUUGCCUCCGAAACGUCGUGAUGUAAUUUGUUUUCUUUUUUAACCUACGUGACUUUACCGAAAAAAACAAAGAGUAUGGAUCUUUGCAGUCACGAAAACUUCAAAUCUAGAAUGAGUACAAAUGUGUUGCCGAUCACCACCCGGGAACGGUGAUGGACGGAGCCUGCGGAGUACCCGGAGAUCACUCACGACGCGUCAAGAACUCCGCCACGCCUGAGGCUCAAGCAAGCGACAUGUUUCUGCUGUGCGCCAUCAGACGUUCAAGGGCCCUCUCAAGGGCCACGUUUCCCUCCACGUUCGAACACCACCACCAACAUCACCAACACCAUCACCAACACCACCACCUACAUCACCUACAUCACCACCACCAACAUCACCAACACCACCAACAUCACCACCACCAACAUCACGACCAAUAUCACCAACACCACCACCAACAUCACCAACACCACCACCUACAUCACCACCACCAACAUCACCAACACCACCACCAACAUCACCAACACCAUCACCAACAUCACCACCAACAUCAUCACCACCGCGUGGGGCCGUGGGCGAGGUGGCCGCCGAUGGCCGCAGGGCCCACGAGAUGUCUCAGCGCGGCGUCGCUGGUGGCCUCGGCCCCCGAGUUCACGCGGCCCUAUCUCCGUCUCAUGCGGCUGGACAAGCCCAUAGGCACCUGGCUGCUCUACCUGCCGUGCACCUGGAGCAUCGCGUUGGCGAGUGCUCCAGGCUGCCUGCCCGACCUCGAAAUGCUCGCACUGUUUGGCCUGGGCGCGGUGUUGAUGCGUGGCGCCGGAUGCACCAUCAACGACAUGUGGGACCGCGACUUCGACCGAAAGGUGGCUCGUACGGCCACACGUCCCAUCGCCUCUGGGGAGGUGAGCCGCUUGGGAGCCCUGGUGGUGCUGGGUGCGCAGCUCAGUCUCAGCCUGGGCAUCCUCCUCUGUCUCAACAACUACAGCAUAGUGCUGGGCGCGUCUUCUCUACUUGUGGUUGUCAGCUACCCCCUGAUGAAGCGAAUAACCUACUGGCCACAAUUCGUUCUAGGGUUGGCAUUUAACUGGGGUGCUCUGCUGGGCUGGGCAGCAGUGCGUGGCGCUUGCGACUGGAGCGUUUGCCUUCCGCUUUAUUUCUCCGGAAUCAUGUGGACGCUGAUCUACGACACAAUAUACGCUCACCAGGACAAGGUGGACGAUGCGGUGGUGGGCAUCAAAUCCACGGCCCUCCUCUUCGACGAGAGCACAAAGUCUUGGCUGGCAGGGUUUGCUGUGGCCAUGGCGAGCGGUUUGGUGGCAGCUGGGGUGGCCAGUGAGCAGACCUUGCCUUACUAUGCCUCCGUAGCACUCGUGUGCCUCCACGUGUCUAAUCAGAUCCGCACACUGGACGUGGACAACAGCGAUGACUGCUGGAAUAAAUUCUGCUCCAACCGCACACUCGGCCUUCUUCUCUUCGCUGGGAUUGUGGCCGGCACCCUGGCUAAGGGGAAGCAAGCGCCUCAAGAUGGACGAGGACAUGAAGGCGCCGUGUCGGCUGAAACCCACAAUCAAGCUGAAUAAACAAAAGCGAUGGGCUUAAGAGUCCACGGCAGUUGUUUGCAUGUGUGUACGUUGAACUUCUUUCGCGCCGUAUGUAGCCAACCGCGCUAAUCAGAGGUGCGGGAGAAGGACAGCAAACUAAACACAACAAUUUUUUAAUGUAUAUUUUUAUUACAGUAUUGCCAAGUUAGUGCUCGGAGAACUGAUCGCCUGUCUGCAGCACGGAACCGCUGGUGGAAACAACACAUUUCUACAGUGAUGUUGAAUCGAGACAAUCCCAAGGACAACCACUGUUGACUUUCCACAAAGUGGUGCUUAUUUUAUCGACCCCAGUCAGCAUGUAAACUUUGAUUUCAAAUAUUUAAGUCAUGCCAUGAAGAUAAAUAACAUCUAGAACACAGAAGAACACGUGUUGAACUUGUCACGACAUGUCACGGAUCAGUGUUGAUCCUCUUUGUGUCUAGGAAAGGCAUUGGAAGAUGAUGCCACAAAACUAAUUUUAAAUUCACUUCAUGUGUCUCAUACCCAACACUAGACGGCGUUUAAUCAUGCUGUUCAUUACACAUCAGUGUAUGUAUUAACGCUAGCUCUCAGCCAGGCUGAGCUAAUUUCAGUGAAAAACUGAUGUGUGUGUGUGUUGUCAUUGGUGAUUAGAUUGAGACCAAAAUGUCUGCUCGUUGAGAAGUUGCGAGCGAUCGAUCCGGGGUGCUUUCUACAUCUUAACGUUUCUGCAGUGCAACCUCAGUGCUCUGACACCAACAUCAACCCCUGAUCCACUCGGCCCAAUCCUCAAUGCCGUUAUGUGUACGUACGUUGAACCUUCUUCUUGGUUCUUUCGGUAAAGUCACGUAGAAUGGAAAUAAUAAAAAUAAUAAAACAUUAAAUCAUUCUCCACCUGAGGACGGCUGCUUGCGUUGCGGCCGAAACGUCGUGAGAAUUAUUUUAUUAUGUUUUAUUUUUAUUAUUUCCAUUCUACGUGACUUUACCGAAAGAACCAAGAAGAUGAAUCCCUGCAGUCACGAAAGCUUUAAAUCGAAAUUUACGUUGAACCUCUUUCGCACAGUACCUCGCCGACCGUGCUCAUCGGAAAUUGCAGUGGAAACAAAAUCCUGGUUGUCCCUACGAUCAGUGAUGAUCCUCACGGUGCACCAUACAGACUACUUAUCUCGGAGACUGUGAAAUUACCGUAGCCCUCACACCUUGAUACAGUCCUCGACAUACACCAUUUAAAUCGUUUGGGCACGAGGGUGCGGGUGGGCUAUUGUAUACGUUCACCGUCCCGUGAUCUUUUAAUUCUCGUCAAUAAUUGGCAAAAGGUGACGGACACAAAGUGAUGGGACGCUAUAUCCGUCGAAGAGUCGUUUCUGGUGCUCAGACGUGCACUUAAUUCUAGAUUUGAAGCUUUCGUGACUGCAAGGAUUCAUACUCUUAGUUCUUUCGGUAAAGUCACGUAGGUAAAAAAUGAAAUUAAAAUUAAUAAAAUAAAACAAUAAAAAUCACGACAGUGACUUGCGCACAAACACGUCGUUGACCACGAGUACCCCGUCCCUCUGUUAGCCCUGCCCCCCCCCCACCCGAUACGUUCCAUUCAUUGGCUACCACAUUCUGAUAAGCCCCUCCCCUCCCUCCGUCCCUUAACUGGUACUUAAGAGCUUACAUCUUGAAUCCCUCCCUCACUUGAUUCAGCAAAUCUGGCUGUGACGGUCCCACCUGAUGACGGAGACUUGUGUUGCCUCCGAAACGUCGUGAUUUUUAUUGUUUGAUUUUAUUAAUUUUAAUUUAAUUUUUUACCUACGUGACUUUACCGAAAGAACUAAGUGCGUGCACUUAAUGCCCCGACGUCGUGCGUGAGAAUUGUCCUAACGCCUUUGCGUUAAUUUACGGAGUCCACUCCAAAGGCUGUCCUUCACGUGAAUGUGUACUCUUUAACAAGUCCAAAUGUUCUUUCACUGACGUAUUUGUACAGUUUGUUUAAAAUAGUUUUAAACAAUUUAUAAACCGCGCCUGUUAACGGUGGGCCCAUGCGCAGUGCUUACAAUCGUUUACUUGGAAAAUAAAACAUUUUCAUUACC